CACUUUCAAAUUAGGUCACCCACUCUUUUAAUUGUGCUCGUCAGCUGCGAAUCCCGUUCUGUUCUUUACCACCUCCCAUGGCUGAAAAGGACACCACCGCCCGUUUGCGCCGUGCCGUCAAGGAGAACAACCUUUUUCUGGUGAAAAGGCUCAUUGAACGGACCGACAUACGCAACAUUGACCCAGGACCACGUCGAUAUACGUCGCUAGCCUGGGCAGCAGUGUUGGGCCACGAGGAAACCUUCGAGUUCCUACUCUCCGAGGGCCACGAUGACUACGAGUUCAGUCGGGACUCGGAAAACAACACAAUUCUCAUGUUGCUGGCAGACCAAAAGCCCCCUUCCGCCACGUCGUACCAUUCCAUACCAAGCAAUGAUACUCUCCGGGCUACUUUGCGGAUGGCACGACUCUACUACGAUCGCUACCCCCAAGUCCUGGAUUGGUCAAAUAGCCUCGGCAAAACCGCUCUUCAUAUAGCCGCUCUUAGAGGAAAUGAGGAGCUCGUCAGGAUGUUAUGUGAUCUUAAUGCCGAUGUUGACCUGCCGGAUAACAAGGGAAACGCACCGCUGCAUUCGGCUAGCUCAUGGGGCCAUAUCACUGUUGUGCAACUUUUAAUAGAACGAGGGUGCUCAUAUACCGCUCGCAACAAUGACGGGUUCACCGCGUCUGACUAUGCGUACUCAUACAGUACUCAGGAGACGCUGCAAGAUACCGUUCGGCUUCAGUUUGAAAACAACAAAAAGUCGCGACGUGCUAUAUUUGCGCAGAACGCUGCCAGGAACAACGAAUGGGGUGGAGCUGGGUCAUCGAUCUCGAACUCUACCCAAAAUAUCCGCUCAGCCACACCAAGGAUGCGCAGUGGAUCGGGGACCAGCAGGACGACGGUCACGUCGGACAGCGGAGAGUUGGAAAGCAACGGUUUAACUCCGGCUCCACUUAGCCAAUCGUCGUUGUCCGCUUCUUCGUCGCCCUCACAACCGUCUGGAGGCUCAAGUACGCCCUACCACACCCCGCAGCACACAAAUGGCACCAUGUCAGCCCUAUCGCCGUUCGCCACGCGAGUACGGAAAAAGGAUGCCGACGCAAUGGAGAAAUACAUGAAAAGAAAUCGGAGUGGAAGCCAAGGCACAUCCUCAACAGAUAACAGGUCACAGAACGGGUCUUCAUCAGCAGGCCCUUCAGUGCAUGAGGACGAUGUUUCCACUAAUCUCCCUCCAAGUGGGUCAACAACACCACGACGACUGAGGCCAUCCAUGUCUGCGUCUCAGUUACUCUCAAAACCUCCGUCCCUAUCACAUUCCACACAGCCAGAGAACCGAAUACGGGCUGGCACCAAUCCUACAUCUUCCCGUCCUUCGAUAUUUCCUCGGCCUUUGCUUUCGCGAUCAUCGUCAAUAUCCAACUCUACCCGUCCCCUAGCGUCGGUCAGCGAUGACCUCUUUGAGGAGCCUGAGAAUUAUACCGGGCCUCCGAGCCAAUACGCUCAGUUUCCGGAACCACCCCUUACUCCCGAAGACAGCAACACUCCAAUAGCCGGACGAAGAAUGGCUUUUCACCCUUUAGUCAAGCCUCUAUAUGGUAUUGACUCGCUUACGAGUCACAGGAGGGGCCUAUCCACGUCCUCGUUUCGCUCAUAGUCCCCACUGGCGCACUAGUCCAUGAUGUAUAUCGGCCACCCUGUACUACUAGAUAUGUAUGAUUUAUUAUAGCCGUUCCCUCUUGCUCUACCUUGCUCUGUUGUUUUCCGUCGUUGACUGGACUCCUUGCAAUACGUGCCAUAUGUAUUGUUACAAUAUUCUGUAUGAACUCUAGUAUCACUUCGUCUGGAGUCUCUUUAAGCUUAUUUGCUUAUUAUCCUACGUACAUAGACAGUCUAACAUUACUACUAUAAUGAGACAUGAUUGACUGGUGUCGCC